AUUACCUUUUCCAACUGCCAUUUCAUCACGCCAAGCAUAUGCUGUUUAAUAUUCUAUUAAUCUUUUGCCUAAUAUAACCAUUAGCAUCAAAUCAUUUAUUCUUCUUCAUCAUCAAAAAUCUUCACUUUCACCAUUUUCUUUUUUUUUUUUUUUGCUUUUCGGUGAAUUCAAUUUCGGGUUUUAAAGAAAUGAAGUUUGGGAAGAGAUUAAAGCAGCAAAUCGAGGAAACUUUACCGGCCUGGCAGGACAAAUUCUUGUCCUACAAGGAGCUGAAGAAGCUUGUUAGGUUGAUUUCUUCGGCUCCGCUGCUGUCGGUGGAGUCGAUGGAGUAUGGAAAGGCGGAGGCCAAAUUUGUGUACUUGUUGAACAAUGAGAUCGAUAAGUUUAAUGUUUUCUUCAUGGAACAAGAGGAGGACUUCAUCAUCCGACAUAAGGAAUUGCAACAGAGGAUUAAGAGAGUGAUAGAUACAUGGGGGCCGGAUGGAACUAAGCCAUCAAAAACAGAUUAUAGAGAUGGAAUGGCAAAAAUUAGAAAAGACAUUGUCGAUUUCCAUGGAGAAAUGGUACUCUUAGAGAAUUAUAGCAAUGUCAAUUACACAGGUUUGGCAAAGAUAUUGAAGAAAUAUGACAAGCGAACGGGUGGCUUAUUGCGCUUGCCCUUCAUCCAGAAAGUGCUGCAGCAACCAUUUUUCACAACUGAUCUCCUUUCCAAGCUGGUUAAGGAAUGUGAAAACACCAUAGAUGAAGUAUUUCCAGUGGACGAAGGAGACAGGAUGAAAGAACGAAGGGAAGCAAUAACGGUGGCAGGGAAAGGAAUAUUUAGAAACACAGUUGCAGCUCUGUUGACCAUGCAAGAAAUUAGGAGAGGCAGCUCUACUUACGGCCAUUUUUCUUUGCCUCCUCUCAACUUGCCAGACUCUGAUCUCAUACACUCGUUCCAACUUAGCUCCCCAAUCCCCAUUCUCUGAUGGGAAAACAGAACAGGAAUUUUAUGAAACAUGUUGCCGCCGUGGCCUUAGAACAUAGUGUACCUCCUACUAUUGUGGUCAUAUAGUUUUCCUUUUAUUUUUUUUUUGGGUUUAGGAUACAAAUGCAGGUGCAUCCUGCAGUCAAUUACUGAUACAUUUUUGAUAUGUUUAUGAGGAUUGAUCUGCCUUCUUA